UCAUCUAUCAUCAUCCUUUUUACCACCUGCAUAUCCCUUCCUGCCAGCUGCCUGCACAGCACUCAGAAUAACAGACUCUGUUCUUCCUUUGUUGCUGAACAGGGGGAAAUGGUUUCAAACCAAAAGAGGGGAGAUAUGGACCUGAUAUAGGAAAAAGUUUUUGCAGUAAAGGUGGUGAGGCACUGGAAUAGGUUGCCCAGAGAUGCGAUGGAUGCUCAGUCCCCGGAGACAUUCAAGGUCAGGCUGGAGCAGGCUCUGAGCAACCUGAUCUAACUGUAGGCGCCCCUGUUCAUCGCGGAGGAGUUGAACUAGACGGCCUUUAAAUGUCCCUUCCAACUCAAACGGUUUUAUGACUCCUUGCCCCUCAGGCCCCAAUGCCAUCAGAUGAAACGAGUGAACAAAACCCCCUCUGCACUUCAGAGAGCUCUUUUAAGGGUCCCAGCAGCAAGCUCCAGCCCGAGAACAGCUCCUCACCGACGGCCUCGAAGCUAAUUCACAUUUACAAGAUGAAACGUAAAGAAGUUCGAGAGGCUCCAAACCGAACGGGGCAGGAGCCCAGGUUAACCGCCGCCAUUUCGCGGAGCGGGCACCCGCCACCCGGUGUCCUCGCCGCCCUGGGGCGGCCGAAAGGCUGUGGAAAGCAUCCAGCUUUCGGGCGGCAGGGGAGCGGAGCACGCUGAGGUGAGGGCGGCGCCGGGGGCCGGCUGCAGCGCGGCGGGGGAGGCCGGGAUCCUCCUGAAUGAACGGCUCCUUCCCCGCCUCGCCUAGUCUCGCCUCGCCCCGCACCCCCGCCCGCCACUCGCCGCCGCCGCUCCGAGGCGCAGCCAGUUUCUAUAGCGACGGCACCGAUCCUCCGAGUAGUAACAAAGCCGGCUGCCCGCUGCCGCGCCGGGCCGGCGGGAGAAGCUGCUCCCUCUCCCCAGGGCACCGGCCGGUUGCGCCCUGUCAGUUGUUUCCUGUGUGGAGGAGAAUAGGCAUUUCCUGUGCUCCCUACAAGUGAAUCUUUGCAAGAACUUCUUUUUCUUGGAAAAUGGGCACCUGGCUUGGAGGAGAUGCAGUAGCUCAAAAUGGAUGACUUCUACUGAUGCUUCUUGACAAUUUCAUCUCCUCUUUUCCUGUUUGAGAUGGCUGAUACGAUCAUCAGGAAAAAUUUCUAAACUAAGCCUGAGUGACGACGUCUCUUUCCCCUAACUCCUCUUUUCACAAAUCUGCAAACCAUCAGACAAAAUGAGCAGUCCACUACAAGAGGAGUCUGCAGAGCCCCAGAGCUCAGAUGAGCUUGAGUGCAAGAUCUGCUACAAUCGCUACAACCUGCGACAGAGAAAACCAAAAGUGCUGGAGUGUUGUCACCGAGUAUGUGCCAAAUGCCUCUGCAAGAUCAUAGACUUUGGCGAUUCUCCUCAAGGAGUCAUAGUUUGCCCAUUUUGCAGGUUUGAAACAUGCCUGCCAGACGAUGAGGUUAGUAGUCUUCCCGAUGACAAUAACAUCCUUCUGAAUUUAGCUUGUGGGGGAAAGGGAAAGAAGUGCCUACCAGACAACCCAACGGAACUGCUGCUGACUCCCAAAAGGUUGGCGUCUCUGGUUAGCCCUUCUCACACCUCUUCGAAUUGCUUGGUUAUAACAAUCAUGGAAGUACAAAGAGAGAGUCCCCAGACUCUGAACUCGACACCCGUGGUGGAAUUUUACAGGCCUACGAGUUUUGACUCUGUUGCAACUGUGUCCCACAACUGGACAGUGUGGAACUGCACAUCUUUGCUCUUCCAGACCUCAAUUCGGGUGCUAGUUUGGUUGCUGGGGUUGCUGUACUUCAGUUCCUUGCCUUUAGGGAUUUACUUACUGGUAUCUAAGAAAGUCACCCUUGGGGUUGUCUUCGUAAGCCUUGUUCCCUCGAGCCUUGUUAUUCUCAUGGUUUAUGGCUUUUGCCAGUGUGUUUGCCAUGAAUUUCUAGACUGUGUGUCUUCUUGACAACAAAUGCAGUGAAAUAAGGUACACUGCCACAUGUGUAGCAUAGUUGAUUUAGCCCGUCUUUAUAUUCUUAUUUAUUUUUAUCAUUGACCAUCCCACUGAGUGAAAGCAGUGACCCAUGUUAUGCAGUUCUUUUUACAAUUUGAUUAUUUAUUGUUUUCUCUUUAUUUUCCUUUUAGCUAAGUAAUGACAUAAAAUUUCCAUGUUUUAAAGGGCUGGGUUGUAGAAAGGGGUAAUGGAAAAUUGCCAAACUUGGUGUCUGCUGCUGCUGUUCAAAUAAGUAGCCCCUUGCUUUUUGUUGGCUAGAUCGUGCAAUAUGAGGGUGCAGGAUCUGCCUUAGGAGAAGUUAGUAUAACAGGCACCUUCCAGUUCAAUGUGUAGCAUCUCUUAAUGCAGAGAAUCUCGUGCUCUGGGAUAUCUGUUAUUUCUGGUAGCAAAUGAAAUCAUUUAGUUAAUAAGAAUAAGACAAGUUAACGUUUGCUCUUUCCAGUUCUUGUUACAGCAAAAAUAUUUGUGGGGUGCCCAGUGGUCACAGAUUUUUGGUGUUCUACAGCAUGAUGAACCUUUUCCUCAUGCUAACAACACAUCUCCAAAACACUUUCCCCAUGCACUUUGCUUGUCCAAUAGUUGCAGCUUCAUCUCGUGCAAUGGAUUACUUCCAUUAGCCACGUUUGUUCUCAUCUAGGUGCGCUAAAUAAGUAUGUGUAACUCUUAGCUUCCUUUGAGAGUUCAGAGAUCUGCAAACUACUCUGGUUGUGUCCCAUAAUGUUUACCUUCACUCCAAGCAUUUCCACCACCACACCGCAUUUCCAACCUUUUAGUUCCUGCAACAAAAGCACGCCUACAUUUAGGCAGCUACACUGGAAAAUCUUGCCUAUGUGACUUUAGCUGUAAUCAUAGAUCUUUUUGCCUGAUCGUGAGGACGUGGACUUUCACUGCCUAACACACGUUUCAGAAAAAUUCUGGAAUGAUUAAUAUGUGAGGGGAGGGUUCUGCUUUUUUGGGUGGUUUUUUGCUUUUUUGUUUGUUUGUUUGUUUUCCGAUUCCACAGGAUAAGCACUGUGAUAAGUUACUAUUACUCUGGGAAGGAUUCUGUUUUGUGCAUAGUCCUUCAAAAUAUUUAACACUCUGAACUCCCUCUGUCACCGUUGUGAGUUGAUGGCACCCCAGCUGUGGCAAUUAGUGCAACUUGACUGUUGAAUUCAGAGGAAUUAGUGGCGAUUUACUAUUCCAUAAAUACAAUCAGGCCCUACGAGGUUUGCUUCUACGCUGUGUGGUUGAGGCUAAAUUUUCAACUACUGGAAGAGCACAAAAAUAGGAAAUGUUUAAUAUUUGUGUUUAUGACCAAGUCUGGUCCACGCCGCAGCUGCAGCCUGGUUUUCCUGUGCACAGCAGAGUGAAAAAUGAGAAGCAGCAGAUGAUCAGUGGAAGCACAGCUUUCGGAUCAGGCACGAAAUGGAGCGACCUCAAGGCGCAGUAAGGGGAAGAUGGGUUGGUUGCAGGAAGGCUGACUAGAUGGCCUAACAAUAUGUUCUUAACAAAAUGACUUUGGUAAGAGUAGAAGACGUUGAGGGGGAAAAGGAGAGCUUAAGUGGUGGCUGUGUCUAUCAAGAGGGUCUGAAGUCAAAUCAGUCCAAUUUUUGUAGCUGGCACAGAUAACACCUAUGGUUUCAUUGCUAUUUGAAAUCGUAGGAGAAAUGUGAAAUGUGAAGGUCUCGCUUUUCUUGACACUCAAGUUUAUAAUAGUGCAUAUAUGUGUGUGUAUGUAUAUAUGGACACAUAUGUAAGAAGAAAACCUAUAGCAAAAUUAUAGUUUUCAAGUGUGUGGAGUUGCAGAGCUUUGUAUUGAAUGAUUAAAGGAAAUGUUUCCAACUUCUCUGUCAUCACUGGAUAACGAUUAGAACUAAAACAUUUUCAGAAUUCCUAGAAAUGACUAUUCCUAAGUAAUUGUUUUGAUGUUUGUGGUAAAGCAUAUAGAGUUAGAAGAGCUGUGUUCCCCAAUCCCCGUAUACUGCAAGGUUUGACUCAUCUAUGAAUUCAUAAAUUUUCAAUCUCCAACAAUAAUCAUGUCAAAAAAGCAAGAAAGAUAGAAAUCUAUGUGGUUUAAUGGUACUUCAUAACUUUGGGAGAAGAUGUAUUUGUGUGUUAGGGAUUUAUGUGAUUUAGGGUAUGUUCAAUUUGUCUGAAUAUGAUAUCUUUAAUAAAGGGCUGGCUAAUACAGGAUGUAGGUUUUGCAAAUGUGUGAUAUAUCUGUGUUCCUUCUGCACAACAUGCCUGCAGUGCUACUGUUGUCUCUUCCAUUUUAUUAUUUCCCAGUUCAUUAUGAUCAUUUUAGCUCCAGCAUCAGGUAUUUUGUACUCUGUUUUACAACAGAGCCUCAUCUUGGCAGGAUUGCAAGGUACCAGUUACAUAUCACAGCACAAACAAAUACACUUGUUGUGUUACACUUCACUAUUUUUUAAGAGUGCCACACAGUUAAAUUCACACUGUUAUUUUAGACUCUGCAAUACUGAUCCACUCAAAAAUACGAGUGCAGAAAAACACUGAUUGUAUAGCUGCUAGGCUGCUUACCCAGAGCACAUCAUUACAGCUUUGUUCUCAUAAAAUUCCUGUAUGACUUAAAAUGUGGCAACUGAGGAUUGCCAGGGGUUCUGAAUCUCAGUUUUUGUAGAAGAAACAGGAGAAGAUAUUUACUGUGUGACUGAGGCUGGAAGAAUUUCAGGUAGUAUUCUGCCAUUAUUUUUAUUCUUCACAACCUUUAAGAUUGAGAACUGAAAACUCAUGGCUCUCACAUCCUCUGCAGUGGAAUAAUUCUGCUGGCCUGUGUAAAUGGGUCUGGAAUCAAGUCCUGCACACCCUCCUGCCAGUUUUUCCCUCCCUUUCUAUGGCUUCUUUCUUUAUCUCCUGUGGUCAUAAAAUACUACAUUCAUACCAAGAGAAUUCUAUGGGUAAGAUUUUGUUCCUGCUUUGCCCAAACGUGUGAGUCAACAAGGUACAAAGUGUUAUAAAUUCAUUACCACAGGAUUAUUGUACCCCAAAUGAUGGUUUUUGUUUUUUAAUUCCUGCUUAUCUUGUGAGUACAGAGCGUAUCCUCAUCAGUGCUGCUAGUUUGCAGUACAACGUGGGGCUGUUCCCUGAGGGCUGAAUCAUGCAGUAGCUUGGGACACGAUGUUGGAAGGAUGCU